UGGGCUCCUCCACUGCCCGGUGCUUUGCGCAGGGCGGGACCUGCUUGCUUCCCCAUUUGGGCCUCGGGUGAUGGACGAGGUGCACCCAAAACCUUUCCCAGGAGGACCUGACAUGAAGUCUCUCCCUGGCCACUGUCCUUUCUAAAGACCUCCCUCGCCUUCCAGAGUCCUCCUGGCACUGAGCCGGCAGGGGACUCUUCAGGAGCAGAGAAAAUGAGCCUCUUCAGGCAGCUGUCCCUGGGUUCCAAGGCCGCCCUGGCCGCGGUCACGGUCUUCGUGUCCAUGAUUCUGUCCCGUUCCUAUCUGGCGGAGGCCCUGGAGCUCCGGGCGUGGCGCUGGCUCUUCCGCCUGCAGCUCGCCCUGUUCGUCAACUCGCUCAUGCUCAUCGGCUCCCUCUACAUCUGGAGGAGCACCGUAAGCAAUCUCGGCCCCUCUCUGGCCGUGGAGACAGCCUGUUUCCAGCUCUGGAAGCUGGUCGUUGCGGUCUUCCUGGCCCUGGCGCAUUCCAGUUUCUUCACGAUGCUCUUCUUAGUGGCGGAGGAGCCCUAUCUCUUCUCCCUGGCGGCUUACUCCUGCCUGGGCGCAUAUAUCAUCAUGCUGUUUUUCCUCUGCAUCCUGAGCGCCGUGGAGCAGACCUACCAGCUCUUGGCCUGGCACAGCGGUAGGGUCGUGGGCAGCCUUGACAAGACGAGGAAGCUGGUGCUGAGACCUGCCCUGGCGGUGGUGGUGACCACCGUGCUCAGUACCAUCGGCCUUCUCAACGCCGCCCAGCCACCGGCGGUGAAAACAGUAGAUGUGCCCAUCCACCAGCUGCCCCCCUCUAUGAACGGCCUCAAGAUUGUGCUCCUCUCCGACAUUCACUUGGGGCCCACCGUGGGCAGGACCAAGAUGGAGAUGUUUGUGCGGAUGGUGAAUAGGCUGAAACCAGACAUCACCGUGAUCGUAGGUGACCUCUCCGAUUCGGAAGCCUCCGUCCUGCGGACAGCCGUGGCUCCCCUGGGCCAGCUCCGUUCCCGCCUCGGCACCUACUUUGUCACGGGCAAUCACGAGUAUUACACGUCAGAUGUCGGUAACUGGUUCAAGCUGCUGGGAUCUCUCCGCGUCCACCCGCUGCACAACGAGAAUGUGAGGAUCGCCGCCCCCCGGGACCAGCGUGGUGAGGGGACGGAGGAAGAGUGGAUCUGCUUGGCGGGGGUGGAUGACAUCGAAGCGGACAUCCUCCACUACGCCGGCCAUGGUAUGGACCUCGCCAAAGCCCUGGAGGGUUGCAGUGCAGACCACGCCACCAUUCUGCUGGCUCACCAGCCCCUGGCUGCCAAGAGAGCCCUCCAGGCACGGCCAGAUAUUAACUUGAUCCUUUCGGGACACACACACGCUGGGCAGAUCUUCCCUUGGAACGUGGCAGCCUAUCUCCUGAACCCCUUCUUUGCUGGGCUGUACCAAGUGGCUCAGACUACAUUUGUAUAUGUCAGUCCGGGCACGGCCUAUUACGGGAUACCCAUGAGGCUGGGGAGCAGGGCGGAGAUCACAGAGCUCAUCCUGUGGCGGGCUCCCUGAGUCCUCCCCAGGUGACUCUGCUCUGUCCCUGCCCUUGACCCUCUUCAGAGUGAUCUGCUUUGCCCCCUCCUGCCCAUCCCUCCCACCACCCCCUUGGCUAGAGCCUGCUGAGAACAGUGAUUUGUGGUGGGCUGUGUGGCAAGUUCAGGCUUGUUGAUGUUUAAGAUGAUGGAUAGACCCACUGGUGCGGCCCCUCGGCCACAUAAAUGAGAACAUCUCUCUCUCUCU